AGUUCACUUUGGGAUUUCGUGCGGGACAGUUGGCAGCUGCGGCCUACGCGAGUUUCCGAGUUCACAUAACUAGGUACCAAAAAGUGAAACAUACUUACUUACCUACUACUCUCUAUCACAUAGAGCCAACCUACCCCAACGCGUAACGCGGGUCGUCCCCAAAGUAACUCGCGAUAUUCUCCGUUACCCCCCAAAACGAAGCGAACAACAACAAAUAAAUACAACCAACACAAUAAAAAGGAAUAGAAAAUAUUGUAAAAAGAAAAGACAGUUUUGUGGCAUGUGAAACAAGUGAAGAUGCCCAAGGCGUGGCCCAAAGGAAAAGCGAAGCUGCAGCAAAUUCCAAAUCGAAGCAACAUCUUGUGGCUGCCACGCAGAGUCAUGUUGUCGUUGCAAAGCAGCCAGACAGUCACACUGCCAGCUGCCAACACUGAAUUGAAGCAAUGAACAUGACAUGUAAAAGUAACAACAACAACAACUAUAACAACGUCGAUGAUAACAACCGGCAACAAUAACAAUACAAACAAUAACGACAAAAGUAAUUUGAAUUUGUGCGAGCAACAGGAAACAAAACAAGCCAAAGAGACACGCAGAUAGAGAUAGAAACAAAGUGUGCAAGAGAGAGAGAGAGAGAGAGAGAGAGAGAGAGACAGCUAGAGAAUGCAAAUUGUGUGCAUAUUUUCCUAGUGUGUGUUUGUAUCUGUAUCUGUGUGCGUGUGUGUGAGUGUUAGUGCUGUGUCCGUGUAAAUAAAUGCGAUAUAAAACGGCAACAGAAACAGAAAGAGCAUCUGCAACAACAUCAACAACAACAACAACAACAGCUAGAGAUUCAGCAGCAGCAAAUUUCAAAAAGAAAAGAAAAGGGAAAAUACGAAGAAAAACGGAAAAAAGUGCAGUUAAGCGUGGAAAUUGCAUUAAAAAUUGAAAAAAGUAGAAGAAGUAGAACAGGAUAGUCGUGGCUAACGAGCGCUAAAAAGCAACAAAAGCAAAACAACAAAAAAAAAAAAAAAAAAAAUACAAAACAAAUAAAAAAAUACAAAACAGCAAAACAAACUUGCAGCGCUGGGAAAGCGAGUAAAAAGUUUUGAUUGAAAAUUUUGCAUUGUGCUUUCAUUUCGCUGCCUGCAAAUACAACAAGCAACAAUAACAACAACAAUUUGUUUGCCACCAACGCCCGAUGCGGUGACUGUGUAAAUUCUUGAUUAAAAAACAACAACAACAGCAAUACGAGUAGCAAGAGCAACACAAACACAAAUCGAAAGCAGAGCGUGCAACGUUUGCAGUGCAGUGCAAAGUGAAAUUAUAGCAUGCGGCAAAAGGACAACAAAAGGACCAAGAACAACAACCAUUCCCACUGCUCUGCGCCGCGUAACAAUAACAAAAAUAAUCCUAACAAAUGAUUGCAAAGAAAGCACACAAAAAACUCGCCAGCAUAUUGAAUACAUGCAAAUUAUUGGCCAAAUUUCCUCGUCACAAAGCAAAUUGAACUUUACAACCGAGUGAAAAGUGUCAGCAAAAAUAAACGACAACAACAACAAAAAUAUACAAAAAAAAAAAUACAAAUAGAACAACUGCAAAUCGUUUUGAAAUUUCCAUUUCCAUUUUGGUUUAAUUGAUUCACCUUUUUUUGUAGUGUUGUGAUGAACCUUGGAGUACGCGUCGUAUGCGUUAUUUAUAUUUUAUUACAUUUAGAACACAAAAACAGCAAAACAUAUGUAAAAUAAUAAGAAAAUUGGCAUAAAAUUUGGCAACUGGCAACUGGCAACAAAACGUGGCAAACUAGUUGUCUACUAACGGUAAACAUUCGUGCCGCGCAAUAAAAGUCAAGUGCGUGGCACUUAACAUCCACUUGAAGUGGCAGCAAGACAGAGCUAGCUGGGAGAUAGCAGCGUGAGCCAGAGCGAGAGUAAGUCGUUGACAAAGUAACGCAUUGCGCGAUAAGAGGCAGCAAGAAGCAGCAGCAGCCAACGACGCUCGAUAAACGACAAAAUGAGCAGCAGAAGCACAAGCACAAGCAGGAGCAGCAUCAUGAACAACCGGAGCAGCAUCAAAGAGCUGAUAGCGCAACUAUUGCUGCUUAUCAGCCUGACAUCAGGCUUGCCGGGAAUCGAGUGUUUUCAGCGAUUUUCGGAACAACCCACAUACACUGAGGUGAACCCGCACGAGGAUGCCUUGCUCACAUGCAAAGUGAUCGAUCAGCGCGGCACGUGCUCCUGGCAAAAGGAUAACAAGCCUGUGGGCAUCUAUCCGAAGAAAUACGAAUGGGCCGCACGUCCGUUCAGCAGCAAUGGCGUCUUACAUCUCGAUCUACAUCCGCCACCGCCCAUGCAAAUCGCCGGCGACUGCUCCCUGUGGAUACGCUCGGCCACGCUGGACUUCGACGACGGCCUGUGGGAGUGUCAAGUGACGGCUAGUGAGUUUACCACACAGGAUGCGCUGACCAGUCAACCGGUGCGAUUGGUAGUACGUGUGGCGCCACAACGUCCACGUCUCGAGUAUGAGGGCGCACCGUUGCCGCCAGGACACAACAUCACGGUCGACGCCGGCGCCGUGGCGACAGUCAAAUGCGCCUCACAUUAUGGUAAUCCGCCUGCAACGCUCAGAUGGUAUUUGGGCGACCAGGAAAUCUCACCCAUACACCCCCAAGUGAAUGCCACCGAGCCGGAUAACACACGCACCUGGUCGGCUACCUCAGUGGUCCAAGUGCCCGCCAUCCGUGAGCGACAUGGUGAUACACUCCGCUGCAUUGCCUACCACGAUAACUACGAGGCCAAGUCCAUACCAGUCGAGGCGCGCAUGGAUAUCAAAUACGCUCCAACCAUUCGUCUAAUUGGCUCACCGGAAAUCGACUUGGAAGAGGAUAAGGAUGCGCUUGUGCUGCGCUGCGUGGCCGAUGCCAAUCCGCCGGCCAGCAUCGUUUGGCGACGUGCCGGACGAUCCGAGAUAGCCAGCUCGCAGGAAACGCUGCAGUUGCGUCCUGUUGGACGUCGGGACGCUGGAUUGUACACCUGCCAGGCACAGAACUCGGUGGGCAUCUCGGAGCAGCUGUCAGUGCAGCUGGACGUGAAAUAUCCACCCAAAAUUGUCUCAGCCGGACCGGACCGACUCACCACAGCACCACUCUUCAGUCCCGCCGCCUUCGAGUGCGUCGCCGAUGGCAAUCCAAUGCCGUCUUACAAAUGGGUCCAGAGAAUAUCGCAUGGCUCAAAGUACGUGGAGCGGGGCAAUGAAGCGCGUUUGGUUAUCGAUAACGUGACGUAUGAGUAUCAGGGCGAAUACGAGUGCCGCGCCACCAGCUACAUCAAUGGUCAGGAGCGUGUUUCCAUAUCCGAUCCAGUGUCGCUGCAAGUUGUGGGUGCUCCGCAAGUGCUUCGUCUGCAUCCAUCCAUGCACACGGUGUCCGUUAAACGAGGCGAGUCCGCAAGCCUGACAAUGGUCGUCUGUGCGGAUCCGAGGCCGCUGCGCGUUGCCUGGGAAUGGGGUUCAUUGCGUCUGGAGGCUGGUUCUGGCGUAGACCGCUUCCAUGCCGAGGAUAUGCUGCAGGACACUCGCGAGGAUUGCUACCUGUCCACACUGCAGAUUCAUCACACAGAUGAGCACGACUCGCGUCCCUAUUACCUCGUCGUCGAGAACGAACGAGGCACCGAUCGCCAUGCCAUUCAUUUAAUUGUGGAGGGUACGUUUGCAGAACCUUUGGAGAUGAGCUAUCUGCUGGGCGUCGCCGGUGGCUGCAUGGCUGCCAUUUUCAUCCUGAUCUGCCUCUGCAUCUAUGCAAUCAAGAGCAAGAAGUGCUGCUUCAAGGGUUCCACUGGCUAUAAAUCAUCGGAUAAGGACAGCGAAAAGGCUGAUUUGAAAUCACGCUCGGAUAGCACAAGUGGCCCCCAAGGUGAUUCAAUUUACACCACGCCCGCCGGCUUCCAUCAUCAUCAGCAGCAGCAACAGCAACAACAGCAGCAGCAGCAACAGCAACAUCAACAGCAGCAACAGCAAGCAGCGGCAGCGGCCGCGUUGCAUGCCGCUUCACAACAUCCGCAACAACAGUAUCCAGGACAUGGCUCGCCGGAGGCAAUGAAGUCGUCAACAGUUGCCAGCGCCAGCGGGCACGAUGAACUCGGCAAUCUGUUGUGGCAACAGGAAGCCACCGAAUUCAUUGAGCAAUUUCCCUGUGCUGCCGCCGCUGUUCAUACUCAACACUGUCCUGUGCCGCCCAUCCGCCAUUGCCACGCCCAUGGCCAUGGACAUGUGCGCGGCGGUGGCGAAUUGCUGUCGACACAGCAGCGACAUCAGCGUGACAUGUUUAGCGGUGACCUGGGCAUACCGGAGAUUAGCACACACGUCGGCAGUGUUGUGCACACCUUUGAAACGUUGGCGCUGCAGCGUCGACUCGCCGAGGCCGAGCAGGAGCGUGACCGUGAGCAGAGUAAGUAUGAGCUGCGCACGAACAACCAAAGCAACAGCAAUAUCAACAGCAACCAAAGCAACGGCAACGUUCACACGAGCCAAAGCAAAUACAGUCAAGUGAAACGCAAGUCGCAGGAAUUGCGGCAGCGGGUGCAGCACAUGCAACGUCAAAAGCAGAAGCUGCAGGCACAGACAUUGGCACUGGCAAAGGCACAACAUUGCAUACUAACCAGCAACAACAACGUCGCACAGCAACAACAUCCUGCACCUGGCAAGCUAACAAACAGUUGCAGCACUCAGAGUCUGGCCAACCAAUUGGCCAACUUGCCCCCAAUGGCUGCCACCACGGCACAUUCCACCGAACAUUUGCAGCCACUGUACGGCGGCAUUGCAGCCGAGGAUUAUCGCAAGAAUCUCUUUGGUACUCUGCUAUCACAACGUCAGCGCGCUCAGCAACAACAGCAGACCAGCGAAGAGGAGCUGCAGGAUGAGGCAUACAUUGUGAACGCGGCCUUUGACGAGAUAUUUGCACGCUACGACGACGAAGAGGGGGAGGAGGCAAGUGAAGAGCAGGAACUGGCCACCAGUCGCACCUUCACCAACACAAUUACGAACACCGAUGACUUGUACGACGACGAGCAUAUGCUGGUCAGUCUCAGCGAACUCGACGAUGAUGUAUUUGCCAGUCUAGCUCAAACAGCUUCGACCACGCCCACCACAGCCGGCGCGGGGCGUACGCCAAAGCACAGUCAUCCGGCGUUGCAAAAGUAUCCGGCACCAGCGCCACCGCCACUUCAACAGCGCUCCAGCACGCUGACCAAUCUCUUCGAGCGCCUUAAGAGCAGCUCGGGGGGCAGCGGCAAGCGCACGCAUUCGGAGCAGCAGCUGCAACAAGCGGCAGCAAUGGCUGCGGUGGCAACACCAACGCCGCUGCACAAAUAUGCGGCACAGCCGCAAUUGAACGAAGACUUUAAUCGCGGCUCGACACUGAGUCAAUCCUUUGUGCGGCAACUGAAGCGUGUGUCGCACAAACAAAAACGUGCCCCGCCAGUGCCGCCGCCCAAGCCGCGUUCCAAUGUGGCGCAUGUGACGCCGCUGCGCAAUGCUCUCAUCUUUCCCAAACGAUCUAGAUCGUCCAAUGAGCUGCUGCUCGACGAUCUCAAUGUGCAGGCUCGUAAGUAUUUCCGACGGUCGGAGCAUAGCGCAGCGGUGUAAUUGGUGGAGCACCCUGUAUAUAAAUCACCCUGUUUUGCUCACCCUUCGCUCCCACACUCACCUCAUUUUGUCGUUGUUAUAUGACUGAAAUUCCGACAAAACCAACAACAAGAAAAAGACUUUCGAAUAACUGUUUUAUUGCUUCAAUUCUUGGCAGAGGCGACGCUCUUGUAGACUAAUUGUAUCCCUGAUUCCCCUCGACCACGACCCCGAUAACGACCCGAUAACGAUAACGAUUGACACAGCUGAGGAUUGAGCGUAGUUUGUCCCGCCGCCCGCCCGCCAUACAUGAUGAACAACUCUUUCUCAAAUGCGAAAAGUUUCCCAAAGAUAUUUUAAUGCGCCAUAAAUUGGACUUAAAUUUGUCAGCACUCAUAAAAAUUAACUAAUCGAAUAAAAUGAUUACAAUAUUAUUAAGAAAUGUUUACAGUUCACAUUUCACUGAAAUCUUUAAUGCGUACUUUUCGGAGCAUCAGAAAACAAUAAUUCUAUGCAAGUCCGAAAAUUGUGCUAUACAAAUUUCUGUGAAAUUCGAAUAAGACCUAUUCUGAAUUACCAUUUCAUAAAUCGAAAUGAACUUCGCAACAGGUCGAGAACAAAGCAGCUGAGCAGUUUUUAAGAGAAAAUCAAAUAAAACAAAUUAAUAUGCAUAUACAUAUAUAUAAAACAAAAAUUAUAUAUAACCACAUAAUGUAUAAGAUACAAGAUGCAUGCAAAUCAAAUUAUAAAACAUCCAAUAUCUUUAUAUAUAAAUGUACAAAAUCGUAACUUUUCAAAUCAAAUAACAAUUUUGUGCCCUAAACGUAAAAAAA